UCAAAGCCGUCUCUCUGAUUGUGAAUUAUACGUUGAAAAAAAAAAGAAAAUAAAACAAAACUGGCGCGCUUUUCGAACAAUUGAAUGUGCCGUCAGUCGACUGCCUACUCCUACUAGAUCGCGGAUAACAGACCCUGGAUAACAACAUUAUACGACACGUUAUAGAAUCGCCUUUGGUUUAGGCGAAGCCGGCGGCCCGUCGCCGCCGCCGCCGCAAGCGGACAUAAGUAGGUCAGUGGGCCACCCCUACUCUGCCGUCCCCACUCGCUUAUACAGAGUCGGUGGCGUGCGCGGGUUCCACACUACUACGUAACACAAUCCGCCGUCGUGUUUCUCGCGUUUGCACGAUGCGUGUCUACGUACGGCGUUACCAAAUCCUUACGUGUGUGUGUGGCGUAUGACUUCACCUCGGUAGCGCGCUCUAACAUAGACCUGGUUCAUGGGAAAGUGGGUCAGCGGUCCCGCGAGCGUACAAGACACUUUCACUUAUUACAUGGGCUCCUAAUCAUUAACCAUUGUAUCCCCGUGCCGUGCAGUUUGUUAGUUGAUACAUAGUUUAGGGGACCGGACGCUGUUCGGACGAACGGAGUCUCACCGCAACUCCCGAUCGCAAGUCUCGCCACCGAGGAAACAAACGAGCAACAGCCCGGUCAGUCAGUCCCUCUCGUGCUUUCCAUGUCGGUAGAGGUGCACCAUUAUUAUUGUUAUUGUUGUUGUUGUUAUUAUUAUUGAUUGUUAGUUUGUUCAGUAGUUUUGUUGUUACAAUAAUAAUAAUAAUUGAUAGUCGUUGGUUGCUGUCGCUUCUUUAGUCCAACCAAUAACAACAACAACCACCACCGAUUCUCGUUUGUCAGUCCAUCAACUGUUUUUGGACAAUGUGCGCUUGUCGAUCCUAGUUGUUAGUGUCCGUGGUGCGUGAAACAAACGAAGACCCCCGGCGGUCACUUGUUUUUAUUAAUUGGAUUACUACCAACACCACUACUACUCUACUACUACUACUACCGCUGCUGCGGCUGAUCCUGUUAGGAUUACACCACACGCUUCUAGUUUAUCUGCUGUCUGCCUGUUGUUUUUGGAUAGUUACGUUUGUUUAACGAUUGCGAUGACUCUUUCGGCAAUAGUUGUUGCUGUUAGUUAGUUUUGUUUCACUUUUUUUUGGUGUUGUUCCGAACGAACCACGGAUGCUUUCGAAUAUACCCCGACAUAACAAUUGAUGAUCACGUGUGCAACUUGAAACGAACCGGGGAUGUUGGAUGUUUAUCUGUUAUUAUCAGUAGUAGUUCCUCUUCUGUUUCUUCGUUGUGAUCGUUGUAGAUCCUAGAUCUCUUUUCGUUUUUUUUUUUUUUUUUUGAAUAUUCUGACUGUUCCCUUUCUUGACCAUAAUCGUGGAGGGCAUGACGGUGUCUUGACGUAGAUUGUGUUUUUUUUGGAGAUGUUAUUGGACAUGGAACAGCAUUCGACUUUGCUGUCCCUGAACCCGUUUAACGGCACGAGUUCCACGGGAUCUUCUUCGGCGGCUGUGACCGUUUCGGCGGUGACUUCGGCCCUUCAGGCCUCGAGUCCCAUGCCGCCCCCUCUGUACGGGUCGCCGCCCCUCGGCGGCGUCUCCUCGUACAACAUAAGCAGUUGCAGCCAGCAGAACAUGGUGCUGCAACACCACCAGCAGCAACACCAACAGCAGCAGCAGCACCACCAUCACCAAGAUCAUCCCCAACAGCAGCAGCAGCACCAACACCACCACCAUCAUCCCCAUAACAGCUCGUUAAUGAGCUACGGCGCUAUGAGUAAUAUGGACACUUAUUUGUUUUCCUCAGGGGCAACGGGAUCGCUCGCUGGGAUGGACCUGAUGGCGGGAUACCAGCUGCCGGGCAACUCGGUGGUCGGCGGAGGCGACCUUCCCGACACCAAGGACGGAAUCGAGGAGUUGUGUCCGGUGUGCGGGGACAAAGUGUCGGGUUAUCACUACGGCUUGCUUACGUGCGAGUCCUGUAAAGGGUUUUUCAAAAGGACCGUGCAGAACAAGAAGGUGUACACGUGUGUGGCCGAACGGAGCUGUCAUAUAGACAAGACUCAACGGAAACGGUGUCCGUACUGUCGGUUUCAGAAGUGUCUCGAUGUCGGAAUGAAACUAGAGGCGGUGAGAGCAGAUAGGAUGCGGGGGGGUCGAAACAAAUUCGGUCCCAUGUACAAAAGAGAUCGCGCCCGGAAGUUACAAAUGAUGCGCCAGCGACAACUAGCCGCCCAAACCAUCGCCCAACGCGGCCAUUUACCAGACGGGACGAGCGUGUAUGCAGCAGCGGGCCCCGGACAACCGGGUGCUUCGCCCUUCGGAAACAUUCACAUCAAACAAGAAAUACAAAUACCCCAGGUCUCUUCGCUCACAUCGUCUCCCGAUUCUUCGCCGAGUCCCAUAGCUGUAGCACUAGGACAGGUCAGUUCCGCCCAAUUGAUGCAGCCAGCGUCAAGUCAGCAGCCGGCCCUUCAGAUAGUGGGCAUUUCGGGCGCCGGCUCUCCCAUGCUUAUACCGGGUGCGGGCGGUGGGGGCGGCGGUCACGAAAGUAAACUUUGGGCAUCGGCGAAUUCGACCACGGCAACCUCGCCGCACUCGCUAAGUCCGAAAAGCUUCCAGUUCGACGGCGGGAGCAGCGGCGGUACAACGACGACGUCCACGACGGUGCUGGCACCGGGUAGCGUCGGCGUGCCGCCGUCGGGUAUCAAGGUGUCGCCGCUCAUACGGGACUUUGUGCAAGCAAUUGACGAUCGCGAGUGGCAAAAUUCGUUGUACUCGUUGUUGCAAAAUCAGACAUACAACCAGUGCGAGGUGGACCUGUUCGAACUGAUGUGCAAAGUGCUGGACCAGAAUUUGUUCUCGCAAGUUGACUGGGCGAGGAAUUCCGUGUUCUUCAAGGAUCUCAAGCAGGUCGAUGACCAGAUGAAAUUGUUACAACAUUCGUGGUCGGACAUGCUGGUGUUGGACCACAUACAUCAACGUAUGCACAACAAUCUACCUGACGAGACGACGUUACACAACGGCCAAAAAUUCGACCUCCUCAGUCUGGGGUUGCUCGGGGUGCCAUCGCUGGCCGAUCAUUUCAACGACAUCACAUCAAAAUUGCAAGAACUCAAGUUCGACGUUAGCGACUACAUAUGCUUGAAGUUUCUGCUUCUACUUAACCCCGAAGUCCGAGGCAUCACAAACAGAAAACACGUUCAAGAUGGAUAUGAACAAGUACAACAAGCGCUACUAGAAUACACUGUGACAUGUUACCCUCAAGUACAGGACAAGUUUAGCAAAAUGAUGCAAUUACUGUCCGACAUUCACACGCUGGCGGCCAGAGGCGAGGAGCACCUGUACCAUAAACAUUGCAACGGGGGCGCCCCCACCCAAACCCUCCUCAUGGAAAUGCUCCACGCGAAACGGAAAUAACGGAUCGUCGCGUCUCCCACCCGUUACCAUAUCCACGUGCAAUACAUUACAAAAUAUGUUCAUUCGUUU